UCGUUGCCAACGUAACGAUAUGCAAAUGCACUAAAAAACGAACGAAGCAAAUGUCAUUACCGUGACUUAACUGGUAUUUUUAAGCAUAACCAGAUUAAUUAUAUAUCGAGGGGCGGGAUGGUGGUGCCGUGAACUCGAACAUUUUACGACUCGGAUAAAUAGAUUGGGAUCGUUUCGAAAAUGGCAGCUAGCACGGAAAUCGAUAUAUUAAAGGGCGAAAUCGAAAGGUUAACUCGCGAAUUGGACCAAGCCAGUAGUGAAAAGGUUCAGUCGGCUCAAUAUGGAUUGGUUUUACUCGAAGAUAAAGGUAUUUUACAACAAAAGUGCGAAGAAUUGGAAGUCCUUUAUGAAAGCUCCAAACAUGAAUUACAAAUUACACAAGAGGCAUUGGCAAAAUUUCAAACUAGUCAUAGAGAGACAACAAAAACUGGCAUUGAAACUGAAGAAUCUUUACUAUCCGAAUCGGCAGCUAGAGAAACAUCCCUUAAUUCUCAAAUAAUCGACUUAGAAAAUGAAGUAAAACAACUCCGACAUGAAUUAGAUCGUGUAACGACUGAGCGUGAUCGAAUGCUUCAAGAAAAUGCAGACAUUGGAAAAGAUAAAGAAGAUCGAAAUAUGGAGUGUAAAAAGCUACGAACAGAAUUAAGAGAAAUAAAGUAUAGAGAAACCAGAUUAAUUACUGAUUAUGCUGAAUUAGAAGAAGAAAAUAUCGUUUUACAAAAACAGGUGUCUAUGUUGAGAAGUUCCCAAGUUGAAUUUGAAAGUUUAAAGCAUGAAAUAAGACGAUUGCAAGAAGAAAUGGAAAUUUUGAAUUCACAAGUAGAGGAAUUAACCCAUUUAAGAAAAAUCGCUGAAAAACAUAUGGAAGAAGCUUUGGAAAGUUUACAAUCAGAACGUGAAGCAAAAUAUGCAUUAAAAAAAGAAUUAGAUCAACACAUAAACAGAGAAUCAUUCUAUAAUAUAAGCAAUUUGGCAUAUAGUAUAAGAGGAAUAAAUAAUGAAGAAGGUUUAGGUUCUGAUGGAGAAGAUGAUAUCCCAGGAUUAAAACGUAUUGAAGCUAGUCUUUCUGAUGGAUCUGGUCAAGAUUUAGCAUCACCCGAUGGAAAACAAGUAGAUUUAUUCUCAGAAGUCCACCUAAACGAAUUAAGAAAAUUAGAAAAACAACUAGAACAAUUAGAAAAAGAAAAAAUAGGGUUAACCCAAAACUUGAGGGAUUCCCAAGCAAACGUAGAACGUAGCCAAGGAGAACUACAACAUUUCUUAUCUCGUUUAUCUUUAUUAAGCGCUCAUGUAGAUUCACUUCAAUAUUUGAACCAUAAUUACGACAAGAACAUUACAUCAUCUAAAGAAAAAGCGAAUUUACUAAUAAGUCAAUAUCAGCAAUGGUUCAAAUUAUCCGCGAAGGAAAUUGAACAAUUACGACAAGAUUUGAAAGAUUUAGAAAAAAUUACUAGCUCGCCAGAUGCUACCCAACAAUUAAGGACGGAAAUUACCAAUUUGAAAAAUAAGGUUUUAGAUACCGAACAGAAAUCUUUGGAUUUAGAGAGCGAUUUGAAACUACUUAAAGAAUUUGCUAGUGACGCGGGAACUUCCCUUGAUGAAACCCAAAAUAAUCUGCAAAUUGUUACUGAGGAAUUAGCGCAAUUGUAUCAUCACGUUUGUACGGUUAAUGGCCAAACUCCUGAUAGAGUGGUUUUAGAACAUGAAAAAUUGGUUACUCCUAUAAUUGAAAAUGCGCCACAAAUUGGAGAACUCUCAAAAUUAGAAGUGCUUAGAAGUCGAUUAAGAUCAGAUAUUCCAUUGAAUGAUUUAGAAUGUUUAAAUGAUACAACUGUUCUUGCAAAACACGUUGGAACGGUUGUUGAUCAAAUAAAGCAUUUAAGAACAGCCAUUGAAAGUACUAUCGAACAAUCUAAAGUUAAAGGAACCCAUAAGAGUGAUUAUGAAGGUAAUAAAGAAGAUAGUAGUGAAACGGAAAUAGCUGACCUCCAAGAACAAGUGAUUCGUUUGAAGAGUCUCCUUUCGACGAAACGUGAACAAAUCGCUACACUUCGUACCGUCCUCAAAUCCAACAAAAAUACCGCAGAAGUUGCUUUAACCAAUUUGAAAUCGAAAUAUGAAAAUGAAAAGACCAUAGUUUCGGAAACAAUGAUGAAAUUGAGGAAUGAAUUGAGAUUAUUAAAAGAAGACGCAGCUACAUUUUCAAGUUUAAGAGCAAUGUUUGCAGCACGUUGUGAAGAAUAUGUAACGCAAGUAGACGAGUUACAACAACAAUUAUCGGCAGCUGAGGAUGAAAAGAAAACGCUCAAUCAGCUGUUACGGCUUGCCGUCCAACAGAAAUUAAGCCUAACGCAGCGUCUUGAAGAAUUAGAAGUGGCUAGUGAGUUACGUAAUGUCCGCCGACAAGGUGGAGUUCGUGGUCUUCAACGUCCAAGUCGUUCAAAUCGUGACAUGUUCUAGCCGAGGCGCCGUCCUAUGGUAUAUGUCAUCGCGUUCAUUACCACCUUUUUCAAACUAUAGGCGGCAAAGAACACCAAAAAAAUUAAUUUUUUAAGCAAUUUUUAUUUUGUUCGGUGACGGUAACUUUUUAUCUUCAUUUCUUAGAUGUGAUAUUUUUAUGAUUUUAACUAUUCUAAGAGAUAAGGGGUACUCACAAGUGUGGAUCCCUUUGAGUAUGUUUUUAAAAUGUUUUGAUGUUUUUAACAUAUCCAAAAAAAGGUGGAAGAUUUUUUUUUAACUUUACUAGUGAAUCUAAUGCAUUUAAACAUAAUAUUAACAAAGAAAUAAAAUUAGAAACUGAUAUAUUAUUUAAAAUGGCUAUAUUUUACAGUUAUAGAGUAAUUUAUAUUGAUUAAAAAGAGAAUGUUUAGUGAUAAGAAUGAGAAACAGUGAACGUCUUUGGAAUAUUCUAAAAAAAAUGUGGGUAAGGUUAAGUAAUCAUUAAUUGUAAUUGAUAUUACCGAGAUAAAGAUAAAUGAAAUAGAUGAGCUUUUUGCCAAUAAAAUAUCUACUUAAAUAUAGGAGGUGUUUUAAAAAAAUUGCUGUAAUAUUUUUAUUGAGUAUUAAAGUUCUGAUACAAAAAACACUGAAAUGUCUAAUGUUCAGGUUGGAUUAAAAGUUAUUUUUUUUAUUCUAAUCUGAUCAAAAAGUAAGAAAAAAGCAUAAAAUAAUCCAUGUCCUAUUAAUUAAAUUUUGUGACUAUAAGUUGUGUUCUCAAACAAAGGAUUUAUAGUCACCAAAUAUACAAUAAACAUAGAUAUAUCUAUUAAUUAAACAUAAAUUAUUAUAAUUAUAUAUACAUGUUGUACCUCAAGUAUAUUUAACACUGAUUUCUGAAAGAAAGUGUCCAAAAGCAACACAAUUCUUUCCGUUGUCCAUAAUUUUCCCUAGUGUUUAUUGUAAUGAUAAAGCCGAGGGCCUCGAACGCUAAAAAGAAAAUUAAAAAAAAAAAAGAAAACAAUACAGAGUAUUUUCGUAAAAACGCUUAAAAUAUAAAAGAUGUUUAAAAAAAGGAAUGAUGAGAACUUUCGAACACCUGUUGACCGUUUGUUAAUCGAUCGACUAAUUAAUUAAUUUUUAAGGAUUUAAAUCGAAAUAAAAACUACUCCGUUCCGUCGGUCCGAUCGUCCAUUAUAUUCGAGACUUUUGACCUCUUCCGAGCCCAAUCGGACCACGGAACUUGGAAAUUCGGCCCGUCCCCAUUCUCUUAUUUUCGUUUUCAAACACUUUGUUAAUGGCCUCAUUUGCAUUUUGUUCCCCAAUUUUUUUGUUCCAACGGCCUGUUCUUAAUGCACUGUUUAAAAACAAGUUAUUAGGUAGAUAGACGUUUUUAUUUAUUCGAUAUUUAUAUAAAUGGUAGUGUGAACGUUGCAAUAUUUAUUGUAUUGAGUUUUUUUUUAUAAUCAAAAUACACACAGAUUAUUCUAGUUUUUUUCUUUAAUAAGAUAUUAGAGAAAUAUUUAGUGACAUUUUUCUAUUCAUUUUUUUCGUAGGUAAAAAAGAUAUUCGUAUUGUUAUCAAAUUCUUGCUUGUUUUUAAUCUGGUUAUAUGAUGUAACAAAUGUUUUUUAUUAAUAAAAAGAAAACAUUAACUAGAAA